AUGGCAGCUGUAGCGCUGGAACACUCAGAUCUGGAACGGCAUCAGGUUGACAUGAUGCGUCAGCAGCGACGCUUGUGGGUGGAGGGUCGUUUUUGCGAUGUCGCGCUCCGGAGCCGUGACGGCAAGGAACAUCGAGCGCAUGCGUCGGUACUCUGUGCAGCCAGCACCUUUUUCGAUUCUCUCCUGGGAGGGUCGUUCCUUGAAGCAGACCAAGUGCAACUAGGUCAGCCAGUGGAAGUUGCUGCUUCCGAUGCAACCGUUCAUGCCCUGCUUGAGUACAUCUAUGGCGGGCAGCCGGAAGUGCCAUGGGAAGAUUCGAUUGAGUUGCUCCGACUGGCAGAUGCCUAUCACUUGCCAGCCUUGGCAGCGGCAGCCGAGGCAGGGCUCCGUGCCUCUUUGGACAACCACCAAGGCACAGCAGACAUCGCGGACCUAGCUUUGAAGAUUCUGCGGCAGACUCAGGGCCUCUACGGUUUGAGGGCUGCAUGCGAGGUGAAAGUUGCUGCCCACUUCGUGGCUUGCAUGCAGCACCCAGAUUUUCUGAAGUUAAGUGGUAGCCAGUUGGCGAAAAUCUUGGAAAGUCCCGAUUUAAGCGUCCCUCGCGAGGAAGAGGCGUUGAAGGGCCUCAUGAAAUGGCUCAAGGGCUCCAAAGAUAGGGCCGAUGUCUUUGCAGUGCUGUUGCGAAAUGUGGAUUUUCGAUCAAUCUCCUUUGGAAAUUUGGCUCGGACGCGCGAGUUUGCUUCAUCGAUGGGCCCCAUUGGAGAUGACCUGCAAAGGGAAGUGGAUGAGGCCUUACUCGCUGGCAAGAAGCGAAGCCAGCUAGAAACCCCAGAUUCCUUCCGACCCAAGAGGCGUUGCUUCCAACGCUGGUCGCCCGAGUUGGGCGCCAGCUGCGAAGGUUCUGUGCGGAGAGUAGUAUCCACAUCUUUCAGUCCCGAGUCUUUGUCUCUUCAUGAAGAUGCCAUUUACGCUGAUCAGGGUGACAUCGUCCUUUGUUGGAAACCUGGUGACGUUAGCCCUCGAGUUGUUGCAGGCCAGGGUUGGAGAGCGGAUGGCAUCAAGCUUUCGGAGUCUUGCCAUGUGUCUGUCUCUCCGAGUGGCCCAAUUAUUGUAGCUGAUUUGAAGAAUCGGCGGCUGGUCAGCAUCGAAGAUGGUUUUGGAAAGCUGGUGCUUGCUGAUGUGGAGAACUUGCGCAGUGUGUUUUGCUCGCCCAAUGGAGUCAUCUACGUUCUGAAUUGCAGGGGAAGAGCCGUGCAGAAGUUGGUCGGCGCAACGCUUGAACCAGUAUUCCUCAGUGAGCAUUUGCCAUCGGGCCUUCAAUUUGUGGCGUCCCGCCUGUUCGUGACGAGUGAAGAGGUGAUCUAUCUCAGCGACCAUGUCAACCGCCGCGUUCUGCGCUUUAGUCUGGGUGACACCACACCUGUCAUAGUGGGCCAGGUCCCCGACGAGAACUCCAAUCUGCAGGGGCUGUAUGUGACCGAAGAUGGGACGAUCUACGCUGCUGACUCAGAACUGGAGCGUGUGUGGGCUUUCCAUCCAGGCAGCACGGCGCCCAUCGAAGUCGUGCGGUGUCCGACUGAUGCGUGGCCUUGGACAGUCCUUGUCCACGACCAGUUGCUGUAUGUUAGCCAGAACGGGGGAGAGUGGGGCAGAGGCAUCUAUGAAUAUUCGUUGCCUCCGGCGUUGCAGCUGGAGUGA